AUGUGCAGGGUUGGUCAAAAACUGCGGUUAUUCUCAAGGAGGACACCUGCUAUGGCUUGCUAUAUAGAAGGUGGUACACUGACUGAUCAUUCUGAAGAACUGCGGUUACCCCACCAGCUCUUUUCAGAGUUGCUGGUUCAUGAUCAGUCGACAAGA